CCCCCAAAACUCCACCCUCGGCCAACUUCGCUUCUCUCACUACAUCCACCAUUCUAAUCCCUCGUCUCGCUACUACCGCCCACGCACAAACGACGACCAUAUCGCCGAUUACGCAAACAUCCACGAGUCUACCGCCUCCCACUUCACGCCACUGCACCGUUUCUAUGCCAAUGGCCGGCGGCGUUCGUUGAUCAUACCGGUCACUGUGCGUGGGAGAGCGUUCCCCGCAGUGCCGGUAGCUGCCAGUGCCUGUGGUCACGAUACGCAUGGGCACCGCUUCCCGAGAAACCAAAACAUCACCCUCAUACAUACGCUCGCGCGGCGAGUCCCCGAGGAACCAAUAUCAUUUCGGCGGGGUACCGCAGCCCAUGACACCGGCUAGGAGGAGACGAAACAUAGAGAUCAGAGCUCGAAGGAAUGUCGCACGACCAGCAGUUGAGCCGGGCCAACCAGCCAUCAACGACAAAGUAUUAUGCGACGCCAGACUAUGGAGUGACCGCCCAAGUCUCUCAAUCACCAAACGACACGGGCAGCACCUCGAACAACCGCCCAAUGAAGAAUCUAGACCGUCCGACAUUGCUGCAGAGGUGGGCGGCAAGAGCGCCGGACUCACAGUUCCAUGCCACCGCCGGUGCAGUGGGAGGGUUCACAUCAGGGAUUGUGACAUGUCCGUUGGAUGUGAUCAAGACAAAACUGCAAGCCCAAGGUGGCUACACGCCCGUCGAUAAAGGGCGACAUGCUGGGCAUCCUAAACUCUACAAUGGCUUGGUCGGAUCUGCUCGAGUGAUUUGGCGAGAAGAGGGCAUCAGAGGCUUGUAUCGUGGGCUUGGACCGAUCGUUCUUGGGUAUCUCCCGACAUGGGCGGUGUGGUUCACAGUGUACAAUGAGGCCAAGACCGUCCUCGGCCACCAUUAUGAAAACCAACACAUUAUCAACUUCUGGUCGUCCAUCGUCGCAGGCGCCAGCAGUACGAUCGUAACGAACCCCAUCUGGGUAAUCAAGACGCGACUCAUGUCCCAGAGCAAACUGCCUUCAGAUCAGGGGCAUAAUUCUUCGACCCUGUUCCCAAAAACGGGCAGCACGCCCACGGCAAGACCGACAUUAUCAGAGCCUUGGCACUACCGAUCGACCAUCGAUGCCGCCCGCAAGAUGUAUACCUCGGAAGGCAUUGCCUCGUUCUAUUCUGGUCUGACGCCAGCCUUGCUUGGUCUGUCGCAUGUUGCUGUUCAGUUCCCAACCUACGAGUAUCUCAAGACGAGAUUCACGGGACAAGGCAUGGGCGAGGCAUCGGCCCACGGACAAAAGCCCCACUGGGUGGGCAUAUUGUCAGCGUCCAUUCUUUCAAAAAUGCUCGCAAGCAGCGCGACCUAUCCUCACGAGGUGAUCCGCACAAGAUUGCAAACCCAACGGCGACCUGUGGCUGGUGAGCAAUACCUCCAGGGCAUGGGAAUUGCAGGAGGAUCAGAAAUCAAGCCACAGUCCCCCAAGUAUAAAGGUGUGGUCAUGACCUUCCGAACAAUCCUACACGAGGAAGGGUGGCGGGCAUUCUACGCCGGCCUGGGAACGAACAUGACCCGGGCUGUGCCGGCGGCGACGGUGACAAUGCUCACAUAUGAGUUUGUCAUGUCCCGCUUGAAUGGGAUGAGAGAGGAUGGCAAGGCCCUCCUGUUACAAAGCGAAGCAUCGCGUCCGUGAGAGUGCACAUAGCGACGUGCCGCGAGGCUCCGAAUUUCAUACACAAUUAUUCAGCAUUGGAGAAAGGCUGAGAUACCCUUGGUCGGUGUAGGUAUAGACGAACUUUUCAAACAUGUUUACUUGGUUCACACACGGUCGCGGCAUUCACAUGUCCCUUUUGUUUUCAAGUAUGAUGCAAACCCCAAGAGUACAGCGCAAGAUUGGGUUGCAGGCUAGGUCAGCUUCUUGCAUGGUGAUGUUGUAUAUGCAUGGCGGAUAUCGACCUUGUUAAGUCGGAGGUAUUAUCUUAUUCAGUAUAUAGCCGGUGAAGAGGUGCACAUGAUUUAUCAUUCCGAGAUGCUCAGGCUCGCAUGUGGAUGGCGUCGUUGUAUGGUGAUUGACGGCUCGCGCGACCAGUACUACCUAGGCUAACGCUGACUUUUCUGUG